AUGAACUUGGUCUUGAGUAAUUACGAGCCGGUUCGAACAACAAGCAAUAAACAUGAUUAUCGAGACUGGACUGGCGUCUUCAAAAGUCAAAAUUUGAUCAACCCACUUCGGCCAAAUUCCCCAACUCGUCGGGAUGCACCUCAUCCUCCAGGGAUGUCGAUUCAACGACCUUACAACUCGGGAAACGAAACUUUUUGGAUUUGGAACCCUCCUCGACGGAGAAUUCAAGAGAGGUUGCCGAGCCCAAUUCGCCUGUACGAACGAGUAAGAAAUUACGGCAACCGGGAUAUUUCGCUUCACUCAUCAGUUUGGAAUGUUCCAAGACAAGUGCACAAUUCUGUGGACUUUCCAAUCCUUCCGCCGCCGCCAAGAAACACGCGCUUUGGCCGCCGCGAUCUCAACCCAACUCUUCAGGGAAUCGUCCCAGGGAGUAACCGUAAUCGUCUCGCUUCGAAUUCUGUCGACUUCAUCUGCUAUCCUUAA